AUGGAUAUCAACUUUUUCGACGACUGUGGCUUGGAAGGACACGACCACCUACAUUACGAAUUAGCUCAAGUUCGCAGUGAGUACUUAGCAGCAGAUGUAGAACAGAUACACCCUUGUGAACCCACAAGUAGCGAAGAUUCUGAAGUCACUGCUGCUUUGAAUUCUACUGAGAGUACAUUGGAUUCUGUAGAUUGUACACCUCAGCGCAACAAGGACGAUACGACUCUUGAUCAAGAUCAGGAUUACGACGAUUUUACUACUCCAAUAAAAUCAUUUCUUGAGCGUGGAUGUGAUUGUCGUUACGGAAGAAAUCAAAGCUCCUGCACCAAAUCUUUAGAUUUUGAUGAAGUGGUUGAUCACCGAAUGCAGUGCAUUGAACUAUCUUCCGUAGAACUUGAUCUGAUUGUCCUUGGUGCACUGCAAAGUCAUUUUAGUCGGUCUAAAGAAAAGAAACGCAUUCGGAUGAAUUACUUCUUUCGUGAUAUUCAAGUAUGUAAGAAAACAUUCUUGUUUGUCUACGGCAUAGGAAAGUCACGAUUGGAAAACUUAAAAGCUCACUUUAAGAGGGAUGGAAUAGUUCCGAGGACACACGCGAACACCUCACGAUUGCCUAAGAACACGCUAAAUCAUGAAGUUUUAGACCGGACCGUUACAUUUAUUAAAAACUUUGCAGCUGAACAGGCAGUUUCUCUUCCAGGAAGGUAUCCGAAAUUUAAGGAUUUCAAAGUGCAACUGCUUCCUUCAUCAGAAAGCAAAGCAUCUUUAUGGAGACGGUACAAAAAGGCGUCAGAAGACAAGAAUUUAAGUGCAGUUAGUUACACCAAAUUUGUCGACCUUUGGAACUCUUUAACGCCGUAUAUUGUGAUAAUGAAGCCCGCCUCGGAUCUUUGCAGUCUUUGCCAACUAAACAACGGGAAGAUAGCAGCAAACGUCAAUGUGAGUGAACAAGAAAAACUGAACUGUCUUCAUAAUCAAGAGAAACACCUACAGGAAGCAAAAUUAGAACGGGAGUUUAUGAAAAAGAACAUCGCGGAAUGCAAAGAUUUGUUACAAAAUAGCGGGUUAGACCUCUUGUCACCGAGGCCCAGCUGUUCAUUAGAAGGAACUGUGCAUUAUUCCUAUGACUAUGCUCAGCAAGUGCAUAUUCCCUCCAAUCCUCAGCAACCUGGUCCAAUUUACUUUAAAACUCCUCGGAAAUGCGGCCUGUUUGGGGUAUGUUGUGAGGGAAUACCCAGGCAGAUCAAUUACCUCAUUGACGACAACCAUUAGUUAUGUGCAUGACUUCUUCAUUUCUCACGGGGCAGGGGAAACCAAUGCACAAAUUAACGCGGAUAAUUGUGGGGCACAGAACAAAAACAAUUUUUUUAUCUGGUACUACUCCUGGCGAAUUCUUUGUGGACUGCACAAAUCAAUAUUGUAUUCGUUUUUGAUUGCAGGGCAUACAAAAUUUAGUCCAGACUGGUGUUUUGGAUUACUCAAACAGUCGUUUAGGAGACACUAUGUUUCUUCCCUUUUUGACCUGAUGAGUGCUGUAGACAAGUCGACAGUGUCUGGGGUAAACAUCUCAAAAUUGUGCGGUCUUCAUGACGGCACUCUUUUAGUUCCAGUCUAUGACUGGGUGACAUUUCUUGAACCCUAUUAUAAGAAAAUUCCAGGUAUAAGCACUUUUCAUCAUUUUCGUUUUUCAAAAGAUCACCCUGGCGUGGUUUUCUGUCGAACCCUCGUAGAUUCACCCGAAAUUGAAUUCCAAAUUCUCAAAAACCUUGAAAUAAGACCUCCAAACCAGUUACCUCCCAAAAUCGUUCCUUCGGGCUUGGGUGAAGAAAGAAAACGGUAUUUGUAUAGGGAAAUCAGGGAGUUUUGUCGGCCUGGGACAGAAGACAUGGUUGCACCUGCACCCUAA